UUCUGUUCUGCGCACCUGUGGCGGAAGAGCACCUCAGUAGGCUACUGAAAGGCUACUACAUAUUUGGAACUCUACACUAUUCUGAACAGAUUGGGGAAUAUGCAGGUACAAAUAUCCUUUCUGCUGCUGCUUUCUCUGAACAUUGUCCAUGGCGGUGAUGGGUUUUUUUCUGAACGAUACCAAAAACAAGCCAGCAUGAAGGGGCCACAUUUCUUACCAUUUAACGUAAAAAGUCAAGGUUUACAGGGAAGGGGAGAACAAGGACCUCCUGGUCUACCAGGUCCUGCUGGCCCAAGAGGACAACCAGGCCCAGCAGGGCCACCAGGCUAUGGAAAUCCAGGUCCUCAAGGUCCACCAGGGUCCCCAGGCCCACCCGGAUUUUCUGCUGUUGGAAAGCCAGGCUUACCAGGUUUACCAGGAAAACCAGGGGAGAGAGGAUUAAAUGGUGAAAAAGGAGAUAUUGGACCUGCUGGUCUCCCAGGAUCAAGAGGGCCACAGGGGUCUCCUGGAAUUCCUGGUCCUGCUGGAAUCUCUGUUGCUGGCAAGACAGGAGAACAAGGGCCACCAGGAGCACAAGGGCCCCGGGGUGUCCCCGGAGAAAAGGGUGAGGCAGGUAUUCCUGGUAUAAACGGACUAAAGGGAGAAAAUGGAUAUGGAGUUCCAGGUCACCCAGGAGACAGAGGGCUCCCAGGCCCCCAAGGCCCCCCAGGACCUCCUGGACUUGCUGGGAUAGGGAAGCCUGGUGAAAAUGGGUUUCCAGGUCAGCCAGGUGUGAAAGGUGAUCGGGGUUUACCAGGUGCACCAGGACCAGCAGGCAUCCCAGGUUCCCAAGGUCUUCCUGGGGAACCUGGAGCAGCAGGAAUUGGAAAGCCUGGAGCAAAUGGACCACCAGGAUUACCAGGGAUUCCUGGAGCUAAAGGACUGCCUGGACCCCCGGGCAUGCCUGGAUCCCCAGGUCUUCCAGGGUUUGGAAAGCCAGGUUUGCCAGGGAUGAAAGGACAUAGAGGACCUGAAGGCCUUCCCGGUGUUCCAGGAAUCAAAGGAGAUGAAGGCCCAGCUGGAGUUCCAGGAGAACCAGGGCCAUCUGGACCACCUGGAAAUAUGGGUCCUCAAGGACUUAGAGGAAUACCAGGUGAAAACGGCCUACCUGGGCCUAAAGGUGAAGCAGGACCUGCAGGCCUUGCAGGAUACCCAGGAGCUAAAGGUGACAGAGGCCUACCAGGAUUAGAGGGAAAACCAGGAUAUCCAGGGGAGCAGGGUCUUGCUGGUCCUAAAGGACCUCCAGGUUUACCAGGCCCAAAAGGGGACAAUGGUCAUGCAGGGCCACCUGGCCUACCUGGUCCAAUGGGUGCACCAGGACUUAAAGGAGCACCAGGAUUUAAUGGUGAGCCAGGCCCAAGAGGACCUUCUGGAAUACCUGGUAUAAGAGGUCCAAUUGGGCCACCAGGCAUUCCAGGUUUUCCAGGCACUAAAGGGGAGCCAGGGGCACCAGGAUUACCAGGUCCAGCUGGCAUUGCUACAAAAGGUUUAAAUGGACCCAUGGGGCCACCUGGGCUCCCAGGCCCAAGAGGCAACAAUGGAGAGCCUGGGUUACCAGGCCCUCCGGGUCCACCUGGUCCUCCUGGGCAAGCAAUACUCCCACAGAUGCCAGAUGGUUAUAUAAAAGCAGGAGAGAGUCAAGGCCUCACAGGAUUGCCUCUUAUGAAAGCAGGAGUAAAUCAAGGUCUAACUGGAAUGCCAGUGUCAGCUUUCUCUGCCAUUCUCUCCAAAGCCUACCCUGGGGCCACUGUGCCCAUCAAAUUUGAUAAAAUCUUGUACAACAGACAGCAACAUUAUGACCCCAGAACAGGCAUCUUCACAUGUAGGAUCCCAGGACUUUACUAUUUUUCUUACCAUGUACAUGUAAAAGGAACAAAUGUUUGGGUCGCACUCUACAAAAAUGGCUCACCAAUCAUGUACACUUAUGAUGAGUACAAGAAAGGAUACCUUGACCAAGCUUCUGGAAGUGCUGUCAUUGAUCUCAUGGAAAACGAUCAAGUCUGGUUGCAGUUGCCCAAUGCAGAAUCUAAUGGCUUGUAUUCCUCUGAUUACGUUCACUCCUCUUUCUCAGGAUUCUUGUUUGCUCAUAUGUGAUAGUAUCCCACUUUAGCCGUCCUAAUAUUGUCUCUUUCAGACAAUUUUAAUUGGACUAUGAUGUGGCACCUAUGACUGGUCAAACAAAUUAUUUGCAACAAAGGGGAAGUGAGGAUGAUAGGGUAGGGGAGUUUGUUUCAAAAUUAAGCUUCAGAGUAACUUUGUGCGUUUUUAGAAGAAUGUCGGAGAUUUAUUUGCAAAAACUUUGUAGUAAGGGCAAGUCAGUUGUCCUGCUGAAUACAACAUUAAACAUUAUAGUAAUAGAUGAUGUAGCUCUUCUUUGUUUUACAUUUUCUUAAUCAGUAUUUCUAAGUUGAUUUUAUAUUUUAAAUGUACUCGUA